CGCUCAACUCAGUUUUUCGAAAGAACACCUGGGUAUACUGAGUCAACUAAUUUAUUGAGAGUCAACUAAUUUAUUGAGAGUCUGACCCUUACCAGAAACAAUGUUUUAUUUCGAACCACAAACCUGGAAAUCUCAGUAUGGGUACACGUUCGGCAUCUUUUGCAAGUGCGUACCAAUUGUUCUUCGACGCCAUAUAAUCUGGCAAGUAGAAGCGAGACGACGCAGGACUCGCUAUUUUCGCAUGCCGUCUGAACGUGUUCAGAAACCGCUUAUUCUUUGAGUUUCCA